AUGGAGGGGCUCUACCAUCAGACCAACAAGCAAGUCCAUGAGGUCCAGUCGUACAUGGGGCACUUGGAGACUUCAGAUAAAGAGUCAGUACACUUAGUAGAAAAUGAGAUUCAGGCAAGAAUAGACAAUAUAUUCAGCAACUUGGAACGUCUGGAAAUCCUGUCCAACAAAGAACCUCCCAAUAAGCGGCAGAAUGCUAAACUCCGAGUUGACCAACUGAAGUACGAUGUUCAGCAUCUGCAGACAGCUCUGAGGAACUUCCAACAUCGCCGUUACAUCCGGGAGCAGCAGGAGCGACAGCGAGAAGAAUUGCUUGCACGUACAUUCACUACUAAUGACUCUGACACCACCAUACCGAUCGACGAAACAUUACAGUUUAAUGAAUCCCUCCAGAAUGCCCAUCGUGGCAUGGAUGAUCUUAUUGGCAGUGGGACCAACAUCCUUCAGGGGCUGAGGGACCAGAGAGUGACUUUAAAGGUGGGGGCAUCAUUUUUUACCAAAAGACCCCACAUUUUUCUGCAUUUGUCAUGA